CAUCGACACUGACUUGCCCCGCACACAUCCUAUCUGUCUCUGCAUCGCGGAGCGCACUUGAGGAGCGAAAGAGGAGAGAGUCAAGAUGGCAUCUGGAAGCGGUCGUGGACAAUCUGGGAUCUAGUCUCUGCUGGGCUUCUUCUUCUUUAUUCUUCUUUUUUUUUUUUUUUUUGUUUAAUCCCACGGAGCGCAAGCGGUAAUAACUAAGUUGCUCUGAGCCCUGUUGGGACUUCGCUGGUGUGGAAUAGCAACAAAGGACGGGAGCGCGCAUUCAUGGGACGCGACUUUGACAGCUCUUCAUUUCUUGUCUUGUAACUUUAUCACCUGGCAGCGGGGGCGAGAUUGUGACUGGAGCAGGAGAUCAUGGCCGAGGCUCCGCUCCCCGACCCACUCCCGGACUUGGACGUGGCCAUCGACCCGGACUUCGAGCCCCAGAAGCGGCCCAGGUCUUGCACCUGGCCGCUGCCGCGACCGGACUCGAGCGUGGUGAAACCGGAGAGCCAUGACACAGAUAUCAUACCCGAGGAAGAGGAUGAUGAGGAGGAUAAUGCCACCCCCACGGCCAUCAGUGUCAAUGGCUCUGGCUUGGCGACAGAGGACCAGAGCAGCAACAGCCCCGUAGCCGACGGAGCGCUCUCCUCCCCCGGCCAGGAGAGCGGCGGCUCCCCGCUCUCCACGCACUCCCCGACGGCCACAUCUGGCGCGCUGACCCCCAGCAGCUUGGCUGCCCAGCAGACCCCGAGGAAAGCUUCCUCUCGCCGCAACGCCUGGGGUAAUCUCUCCUACGCCGACCUGAUAACCAAAGCCAUUGAGAGCGCGCCGGACAAGAGACUGACACUGUCCCAAAUUUAUGACUGGAUGGUGAGAUCCAUCCCCUACUUCAAAGACAAAGGCGACACCAACAGCUCUGCAGGGUGGAAGAACUCCAUCCGGCACAACCUUUCCCUCCACAGCCGUUUCAUCCGUGUCCAGAACGAGGGAACAGGGAAGAGUUCCUGGUGGAUGAUCAACCCAGAGGGAGGGAAGGGUGGAAAGGCUCCUCGCCGCCGUGCAGUCUCCAUGGAUAACAGCAACAAGUACACCAAGUCCGCCCGUGGCCGCGCUGCCAAGAAGAAGGCUGCCCUGCAGGCUGCAGCCGCUGCAGCCGGUGAAGGCGGCGCAGACAGUCCUUCAGGUCUCUCCAAGUGGCCUGGAAGCCCAACGUCACGCAGCAGCGAGGAGCUGGACGCCUGGACAGACUUCCGCUCACGUACUAAUUCCAACGCCAGCACGCUGAGCGGUCGCCUCUCACCCAUUCUGGCCAACCCUGAGCUAGACGAGGUGCCCGAUGACGAGCCUCCUCUCUCGCCUAUGCUCUACUCCAGCCCUGGCAGAGCGCUGUCACCCGGCAACGCCACGACCAAUGGGAAGUCUGUCCCGACUGAGCUGCCCCGCCUGGCAGACCUGGCAGGUACAAUGAACCUGAAUGAUGGACUCACAGAUGACCUGAUGGAUGAGUUGCUGGAUAACCUGGUGCCAACCGUUACAGGACAGGCCACUCCAAAUGGCUCCUCAGGGUUCAAUUUUGGGUCCAAACCCAACGGUCUAGGCUCACCAUCCUCCACCUCCUCUCCUUCCUCCAACUCUCCUUCUAACGGUGGAGUUAAUGGUUACAGCAACUCCAUCUUUGGCCCCCACACGACGGGCUCCUCUCUGCGUCCGUCCCCCAUGCAGACCAUCCAGGAGAACAAGCAGACCUCCUUCUCCAGCAUCAGCCUGUCUCGCUUUGGCAGUCAGACACUACAAGACCUGCUCAACUCUGACAGCCACAGCCACAGCGAUGUCAUGAUGACCCAGUCUGACCCACUGAUGUCACAGGCCAGCGCCGCCGCCGUCAUUUCCCAGAACUCUCGGCGUGGCCUCAUGCUCCGUAAUGAUCCCGUUAUGACCUUUGGGACCACAGGAGGAGUUCAGGGCAGCCAAGGAGAAAUGCUGCAAAGUAACAACCACAACCAGAGCUCCCUGAGGUCUUUAAACGGAGGCCUGAACCUAGCAAACGAGGCUAACGCUCUGGCAAAUGCUAAGCAGCAGCUCCUGCUCUCACCCUUGGGAGGAAAUGGUUCUUCUUCCAUGCAGAUCGACACAUCGAUCUUUCUAAACGGAACCGUUAACAGCAGUGGAGGGAUCUGCCAGGACCGUUUCCCCACAGAUCUGGACCUGGACAUGUUCAACAGCAGCCUGGAGUGCGAUAUGGACUCCAUCAUCAGGAACGAGCUGAUGGACGCAGAUGGCCUGGACUUUAACUUUGACUCUCUGGCCAACAUGAAUGGAGUCGGCAACUUCACAACCACCAAGCAGACCUCUCAGAGCUGGGUACCUGGUUGAGAGGGUCAGGCCAGGAAGGAACAGAGCAGGUCUGAACUGUGCAGUGCAAGAGAAGAUCAGACACACAACAUCCUUUUUGCCAAACCUGCCAUCAGCACAACGUAAAAUACAAACCCUGUGUUUACAGAAAAAGACUUCCUCUCGAGAGCUUUACCUUCGCUCGCACACUGCUGAACCAAGAACGAUCCAACAGACUCUAGAGAUGCUGCACAUCAGCCCUCAAAUCCUUCUGUGAAACAACAACAACAACAACAACAAAAACAAAGCUAUGUCAAACUCACAAAUCUUAGAAUUAUGCAAUUUUCCUUUGACACCCAGUCUGUUGAUAUCAAAGAGAGACUGUUUUAUCAGAAGAGGUUUCAGGUGGAAUACAAGAACUAAAUAUCAAGCAAAGACUGAAGGCGUGCACGGUGCAGUUGUUCCCGUUGAAGACAACAAAAAAGACAAACGUGUAAAGUGAAAAAAUCAAGAAGUGAUGUGGUGUAAAUCUGAUCCAGUAGUUUCCUGGGAUGUGUUAUGUUGGAAAAAAAAAAUCCCUCUGUCCUCACUUGGUGAUUUUAAAUGUUCAGUGUUUGUUUUUUGGAAUUUCUGUUUUAUCAUAAUUGUUUCUGCAUCAUACAUGUCUGUACAAAAAAAAGUUGGUGUAUUGAUGAAAUGAAAAGAUGAAAAGGAGUAUCUAACUCGCUGAGCGUGCAGUAUGCAAUGCAUACAGUACAUGCAACACACAAACAGACAAACCUACACUUUGCCCCAGGUUGCAAAACUUCAGAACCCUAAUAAGUUAAGAUUUGUCAUAUUGAUGCCAUGCACUUCCAGUUUUGUUCUUAUGAAUUGCUUGAAUUAAAUUAAAUGCCGCAUACUGAGGGUUUCAUUACAAUUAGAUGAAUAUUAAAACAUUUGUUGUCUUUUGCAUAUAUCUGACGGUUAAAAAAAAAAAAGAAAAAAGACAAGAGGAAGAAAAUCUCUGUCAUGGAUAAUUGUACAGUGCAGGGCAGUGGAAAGUUCAAGAAGCAAGGGGAAAGAUCCCUCUCUGUCUGUUCUUAGACUUCUGGUGAGUUCUGUUGAGGUUGUUAAUCACUGCAUAUGAUGUAGCCAAAAUGAAUACCUGUGUCCUAGGGUUGUGAACAUUUCCACACCAUAACAGGUGCUAUGUAAACAGUGUUGAAUCCCGCCCCGAGAGCAAGCCGUGCAUUUUGUGUGUUCAUUUUGUUUCUGUUUUUACCCACGACCUGCAGAAGCCCAAAGCUGCAGCCACGUGUAGCACGGCGAGGUUGAACCUGUAGACGCCGGGGGUGGGGGGGAGCAGGGUUUUAGGCUCAUUCCUCUAGAAGCCAUUUGUUUCUCGAGUAAAACAAUAAGCUAUCUCUGUAUAUUGCCAAAUUACUUGAAACAAACAGUAGGAUAUGCUGGCAGCCAAAUCACAGCACACUUACACACACACACGCACACACAUACAUUACACACACGUACAGUAGAUAGAAAAAAAAAAGAAUACCAGGGAUCUGUGUUAAGCUCUGCUGUUUUCUUGUCAUGAGCUUGUGGGGCUUGUUAUGCAUAUAUAGAAUCACUCAGGGGGGAAAAGGGAGGCUUCCCGUUUAAGUAACAUCAAGUCACAUUCUAAUGGUAUUUUAACAUUUCUUGAUAAAAACAGUAAUGCUUUGUGUUCGUGAACUUGUAACCUGUGAACUUCGGGCCGUCAAGAUGAAGAGGAGGAAGGAAGAUAAAUGUCAGGAUUAAGACUUCACGCGGUCUGUUAUUUUUGGUUUUGCCGUCAUAGUUUUUUUUUUUUUUUCCUCUUGUUGGACUCGUGACACACAUACACACAUCCCCUCAUGGACACGCCUGGUGCUCCUGCAGGUGAUUUCCUGUAUCUCUUGAGUACAUACUGAUGUAUGUGUGUGUGUGUGUGUGUGUGUGUGUGUGUAUUUGUCAAUCUGUGGAGUUUAAUUCUGUUGAUUUAAUCUCACAAGGACGUGUAAAUCCCUCACUAUCCCUCAUGCUGCAUACAGCACAGCCGACUGUAUGCAUGUAUUUAUGCAUUAUGAAUUGUGUGAAAUGCAUAUAUACUCGCUGUAUGUCCUAUAUACUCAUGUAGUACUUGACCCUUGGAUUUGUGAUACCUCUGAAGGUAAAAUUGAAGAAAUAAUGAACAAUGUUACACGUCGGGAAGGAGGGAACACUGUUACCAGCGAUUCAAUUGUUGAACCAGAUUUUUUUUAAAUGGUGGAAAGCACCAUUGUUGUAGCAUCUGGAGACCCUGGUAUCCCUUCUCUGUGUAUGGAAGUGUAUGCCCCGCUGUGUAUAAUAGUGUACAGAUGUGUGUAUAUCACUUUGAGGCCAAGGCGGAGGAGUGUGUGUGCAUGGUUGGCUAGAAUGAUCUACUGUGCUAUCUGAGGUUUAGUGCAUGAACUAGCUGUACCCCCCACCACCCCCCAACCCCUCCUUGACCCUUCCAAUGGUGCCGUCCUGCGACAGAAAUUGUAAUACAGAAAUACAGAGAGGAACCCUGUGUCUUUAGCACUCAAACACACACUUUCUAUUUUCAAAAUCAGGUCUCACAGUGCAGCACUUGCACCAUCCUCCCGUAUUAACAGGUUUAUUAUUGCGAGUGUGUGUACAUGGACUCAGACGCAGGGAAAUCCUCCUUAACGGACGUUCCUCAGCUUCACACUUGUUUUAUUCCACGUGGAGUACAGUAGGCUCACGUCCCGGUGCUCUCAGCUAGCGUUUGGUCGUAACAUCGACGCGGUUAAACCGCUCUCUGACAACGAGUUGGAAUUUCCUUCGCCGUGUCACAGCUAAAAUAUACGGAGCAUUUAUCACGUGUCUUUUGGCAGCAGGAAUCCUGAGCCAUCACCUGAACUGCUAAGCGUUUAAAUUCAUCUACUCUGAUUGUACCGAAUUUCAGGAGCGCUUUACUCCUCCUGUGAAGAAGACUGACAAGGUGACUCCAGGGAACCAUGUAAUCCUUUCUAUUUAAAGAGGGGUUAUUGAUCCUUGAUAAACUGCAAAUCUCAAUCGCAGGGUGGUGCUCCUUACAUUUUGUACAUUCAGUGUAAAAUGUGUUGGCUGUUCGGGGAGAUAGUUUACACUUAGUCAUAGUGGAGCAGGCGUUCCACACAACCACUCAGUGCUACUGCUUCAUUCAGGCACAGAUGAUCUCCUCUCGUGCCCAACACACACACGCACGCACCUGCAGCACAACACGUGCAAAUUUAAAGCUAAGAGAAGCAAAAAAAAAAAAAGAAAAGAAAGAAAAAAAGAAGAGACAUACCACUAGAUACCUUAAUCACCUCUUGGACAUUUCCUUUUCAUUAUCGUCUCUGAAACCUUUUCCAUCCUUGUUUAGAGGCCCAGGCCAGCUCCCCUCCAUACGCCCUCUGAACUUUGCCCUUUGAACUUUGCCCUUUAUUAAUCUUGCUUCUUCUCGACUUGAUGUUAGUGGGUAUUUUUCCUGUGUAUUCCAUUUUGAAUUGUAAUCUAGUUUGUAUAAGAAAUGGUGCGCAUGUAAAUAAAGCUUGGUGAGGCUCCA